CUCUGACGGUGCUGAAAAAAGCCAUUUUCUGGCGCUGCUGCAAAUUCUGACCAAGUCCAAAUCAUUUUCCAGGAUCCAGUUUUUGGGAGCGGACGGCCACUUUUAUGUGCGAUCAGAUCUGUCCAGAUGGAUAAAAUGCAGCCUAACCGGAUUAAAAUCACAGAUCUGAAUCCACACCUCACAUGUCCGCUGUGCACCGGAUACCUGGUUGAUGCCACAACCAUCGUUGAGUGUCUGCACUCAUUUUGUAAAACCUGCAUCGUUGCCUUCCUUGAGACAAAUAAGUUCUGUCCUCGAUGUGACGUCCAGGUCCACAAGACGUGUCCACAGCUCAGCAUCAGGGCAGACAAAACUCUACAAGAUAUAGUUUAUAAGCUUGUUCCGGGGUUAUUUAAAGAUGAAAUGAAACGGAGGCGGGACUUCUACGCAGAGAAUCGUGUGCUGGAACCGGGAGAGGUGGUGGAAACGUUCAACAUAGCAGAGGAUGAAAUCAUCAGUCUGUCCAUACAGUUCUACGAGAGGAACAAAAAUAAUGAGAGGCAGCAGCCAGAGGUGGAAGGAGACAAGUCCAACGGGAAACGCUUCCUGCAGUGCCCAGCAGCCAUGUCCGUCAUGCACUUAGCAAAGUUCCUCCGGAGCAAGAUGGAUAUACCAAACAACUACAGGGUGGAGGUGUUGUAUGGAGAUGAACCAUUAAAGGACUAUUACACAUUAAUGGAUAUUGCAUACUUCUAUGAGUGGAGACGAACUGGACCCAUCCCACUGCAGUACCUGGUCAAACCCACCCGGAAACGCAGGAGGCCAUCCCAGUCUGCUACCCAGGGCCACUCAGACGGCGUCAACACCAGCCCGACAUCAGAGAGUGACUCUCAGAGCGACAAAGUGCACAGUCCCGCUGCAGCCCAGCCCCCCCGAGCCUCCUCACAGUCCAGCCCCAACUCCCACAACCUCUCCUCUGCCACCCAAAGCUCCAACGGGACUGGCGUCCCCAACAACGCUCAGCGACACACGCUCGCCUCCAAACAAGGCCCCAGCACACGCAAGGUGACUGUCAAUGGUACAAGCUCUGGGGCUGGCAAAGAGGAGGCGAGAGGAGGCGACAAAGGCAGUUUGCCUCCGACGACCUAACGCGUGCAAGGGGCAGCUGGGAGGACAGUGUUUGAAUUGCUCCCCUUCCUUGUUCUGCAGAGCAAAAAGAGGCGUGAGCCUUCAUCCUUUUGGACAAACAGAAGACAGAUGAAAGCCCCCCCCCCCCCCCCCCCCCCC